AGUUCUCCCACCAGGUUGCGCGGACCUUGUGUCUCCAUCUCACUUGCCAGCGCUGUUGGCCUCUUUUGCCUUUUACGGCAUUUCAGCUGGCUCGCGCUCCGUGAGAGCUCUUUCGGUUGAGUUCAGUCUCUGAGUUGAGUUGGUUGAGUUUGCCCGUGCGGUCAUCAACUCAACUACGCGCUAGUUUUUUCUUCCGAGAACCCACACAGCGUGUGCAAAGCUUUCAAACUUUUCUGUCGACUCCACACAAAUUUUCAUCCAGUUUAGUGCGCGAGCAAUUUCACAAUCCAACUGUACUCCACGUGUUCAUUUUGUUCUCUAGUGUGCACUAUGUUACCGUGCGGCAGUGUGUUGGUUUUCUAGUAGGGAUUUGUGAGUUUUUUUUAACAAUUGUACAUAUUGUUUGUGAAGUUGUUGCUGUGACAAUGUUGUCAGACGGAUAUCUGAUCGGGGAUGGAUCGUGGAACCUGCGGGUGUAUGUCACCAAUCUACAGGUGGAGCGCUCGCUGCGUGUCAAGGGGGACCUUCACAUUGGCGGCGUAAUGCUCAAACUUGUCGAAGAUUUAGACAUCGCAAUGGACUGGUCAGACCACGCGCUGUGGUGGCCAUCAAAGAAGCGGUGGCUGUCUCGCACCCGGUCCACCCUGGACCAGUACGGGGUGCAGGCUGAUGCGGCACUGGAGUUCACACCCAUGCACAAGACGCUCAGAGUCCAACUGCCCGAUCUGCGCUACCUGGACUGUCGCGUCGACUUCAGCAUCAAGACGUUCAAUGCUGUCGUGCAGUUGUGCAAGGAGUUGGGUAUCCGGCACCCAGAAGAACUGUCAUUCUGCAAGCCGCUGGAGCCUUGCCACCUGAAGUGCAACCUGAAGGACAUGCAGUCGAACAAGAAGCACAGGGAGAUGAACGGCUCGAAGCAGCCGGCCGACACCAACACGUUCAUCGGCAACCACAGUCCGGCCGGGUCCAACCACUCAUUGGACAAGACACCUCCCUUCAUGUGUGCGCCCAUAUCACCCAGGCAUGCCACCUCCACUCCUAUCAGCUCGCCUGUUGGAAUGAAGGGCACGUGGAAACGCAACCAGCAGACAGAUCUGAACGGGUCGUACAUGUCGAACGGUCACGUGAUGUCCAUUGAGAGCCUGAACGGCAGCCUGUACCAGUCGCUGGUGCAGAGUCCUUCCACGCCCAGUCAGGAGGCCAAGGCUCACACGCUCAGGCCUAAGUCGCUCGUCGAGAAAGCCAGGCUCAAUGUCGCAUGGCUAGACUCGUCUCUGUCGAUCAUGGAGCAGGGCGUGAUGGAGUUCGACACACUGCGAUUGCGCUUCAAGUUCUUCUCAUUCUACGACCUGAACCCGAAGGUGGACGGAGUGCGCAUCAACCAGAUCUACGAGCAGGCCAAGUGGAUGCUGCUCAACGAGGAGCUAGACUGCACCGAGGAGGAGGCUCUUAUGUUCGCUGCUUUACAGGUACAAAUCAACCUGCAAGCCGGCGUGCCUCAGCCAACCAUGGAGAACCAUUCGAAUUCGUUCGCAGAUGAUGACAUCGAUGCGGCGCUCACAGACCUGCAGGUCUCCCUCGAGGGAUCCCACAUCAGCUCCACCAAUGAUAUCACACAAGUGCCAGAACUUUAUGAUUAUCUUCGCUUCUUGAAACCAAAACGGUUCACACUAAAGGCGUUCAAGCGCUACUGGUUCACAUGCCGCGAGCUGCGACUGCGGCUGUACAAGAACCGCGAGGAUGUCGCCGCUGGCAUCGCGCCUGUGCACGAGAUGAACCUGCGUGGCUGUGAGGUCACGCCUGACGUCAACCUCGCCAACAACAAGUACUCCAUCAAGCUAGAGGUCGCCACGCCUGACGGCAUGGCUGAGUCCUACAUCAGAUGUGAUAGUGAAGAGCAAUACGCGAAAUGGAUGGCCGCGUGUCGGCUGGCGUCGAAAGGACGCUCAUUGGCUGACAGCUCGUACGACGCAGAAGUGGCCUCCAUUCUGGCAUUCCUGCGCAUGCAGCACCCCGCCCCCGCACCCGCCAUCAACCCUGCAUCACUCGACAUCACCCCCGAAGACUACAUCGCGCCCAGGUUACAGCGCAAACUCAAAGGAAAAUUGGUGCAGCGAAUCCUAGAAGCCCACGCGAACGUGAAGGAGUUGCCGCUGGUGGAGGCGAAGAUGAAUUACAUCAAGGCGUGGCAAUCACUGCCCGAUUUCGGCAUCUCACUGUUUGUGGUCAAGUUCAGAGGCCACAAGAAGGAGGAGCUGCUCGGCAUUGCUUUCAACAGGUUGAUGAGGAUGGAGAUCAACAGCGGCGACCACCUCAAGACCUGGAGGUACAAUACGAUGAAGGCAUGGGACGUGAACUGGGAGAUCAAGCACAUGCGGGUGCAAUUCGAGGAGGAGGACAUUGAGUUUGCGUGCCACUCAGCUGACUGCAAGGUCAUCCACGAGUUCAUCGGCGGAUACAUCUUCCUGUCGAUGCGAUCCAAAGAAGCCAACCAGAGCCUCAACGAGGACAUGUUCCAUAAACUCACUGGAGGCUGGUGAAGCUCGUCUUUUUAUGAUCAGUCAUGGACGUGUACAUAAUGGAAGUCUUCCAAAAAAUCAAAAAUCAAGGUACCCCUAGGUAAACACUUUAUUAUUCUUGAAGGACUUUUGAAAUUGUUCAAUGAAUGAACUAUGAAUGUCGACAUCCACUUGAUUGAAGUCGUAAUUUAUUUGUAAUAAACUGAAUAUUUCAUUUGUGGCUGGAGCCAAAUUAAAUGUAUAUGUCGAUACUGAUUUUGAAAAUCAAUAGCCUAGGCUAAAUAAAAUCAAAUAUCAGUGUUAGAAGAUCACGCAGUAAUUUGUAAUUAGAUACCAUAGCCUAUCUAUAGAAUGAGUAAAUAGAUGUAUAAUACUAUUGUAUCUUAAAUUUGCUGAAAGUGCCUUUAGGGUUUUUCAAUGAAAUCCAAUCCAUAGCAUUAAUUUAGAAUCUUUUACUGUGCCGUAUUACUUUUUCACCGUACUACUGAAUCAUAUCUACAAUUGAAAUAGAGAUUUGAAAGUUUCUAUGAUCGAAUCAAUUUUAGAGACAUCAUUUACCGUUGUAUUACAAAAAUUAUCAAUUCCUACUAAGAAUCUAUUUGAAAGCUAUCAUUCUAAGCUCUCUUUUCUAUGCCAAUUUUUCUCUUUUAUAUAUAUCUUUUUCUUCCUAUUAAUAAUGGCUGGUCCUCAGAACUCUUUCUGUCUCUACAAUAUUGGUAUUGAUAAAUUUAAUAUAACCUAUGAGAAAUUGAAUCGUAAAACUUGUAUAAGAAUUGAUAUUAUUGAACUAAACAUAUUCUAGACAUUAUCAUUUUUCAAUAAUAUAGCUUAUGUAUCUCAUAAAGAGAAAAAUCAAAACUAAAAAAUAAUGAUACCGUAAAGGCUUACAUGAUGACAUGACUCAUCUAAUUGAAGUUUUAUCUAUUCAAUUUUAUAAAAAACGAUAAACGUUCAAACUAUAACGUUUUUAUGAAACGUUUAUGUAAAACAAUAUAUAAACGUUUACAUAAUUAUUAGCAAAUAAUGUAUUAUUUAUUCCAAUUGAUAUAUUCAUUACGGUAUUUGAAUUAAACAAACUGUGUAAGAUGUAAGUGCCUUACUUUUACAUUCAAUUGGUAUUCUGUAUAGUAUACAUUCAAUUUUUACAGUAGAUUCAGUUGAAAACAAUUGGUUGACUAACAUUUUUUUUAAAAUGACAAUCAACGUAUCUUUGUAAUUGUUGUGAGUGGAUGAUUGGUAAUUAUUCAAUGACGAAAUUAUUGUUGAGAUGGUGCUUCGAACUGGAGUAUGUACUUAGAGUAAUAAGUGCUAUUAUUAGGCACUUGUAAAAUUAAAUUGGGCCGUAUUUUCAAUGGCAUACGUUUUGGAGUAGUAUUUUUGUAAUAAUGAUAAACUGUACAGGUUCAUAAUGUUUUUCGUGAAUGGAUUUCAUAAACUUCCUGCAAAAAAAACUUUCUAAAAUUUCUUCUGAGAUAUUAUAAAUUGAUAUUAUCAUGAUUCUGAAUGAUGUCUCCAAUCUUGAAUUUUGCAUACAAUAAUAUUGAUGAGUAAUUUACAAAAAGUUUGUUAAGAAAAAUUAUUCGAAACAUUUUUUUAGAAUUCUAUUUGAUGACGAUUUGAACCAAUAGCUUUAAUUGAAUUACUCUAACAUGGCUUAAAUAUAACCGAUAUUUCUAUUUAAUUGAAAAGAUAUUAUUGUUGUUAAUUUAGUUGUAAUGUUGUUGUAUAUUGUUGUUUAGAAGAUUUUCUAUGUAAAAUAUUUAUUUCUCUCUGAUGUAUUGUCGUAUUGAUAGAUUUAUUGAUGUUCUUAUAUAACUCUGCUACUCUAGUGCAUUAGCACGGCAAAUCUCAAAGUCAUACAAGAAUGUAUAUAAUUUAUAAAUUUUGUUUUAAAAAUUGCUGUUCAACGGAUACUGAACCAGUUAAACUGAAAAAUAGUUAAUGUUUCAACAAAUGUGAGAGGCUGCAAUUCACAAAUGGUUGCUGAAAAUUACCUAUUUAAACAAAAAAAAACAAUUAUUUUAAUGAAUAUGAAAUUUGUUUUGCUGACAGCCAAUUGAUUAACUAUUCAAGGUGCAGUAUUCCAUUAGAAAUUGAAACCAUAAUGGUUUUAAUUCACCACUUCUAGAGAGCUUUUAUUAUUAUUUUUAUUUUAUCCACCUACUUGAGUGACUCAAUAAUCGUAAUACUUUCUAAUAAACAACAAACUGUACUUACAAAUUUAUUGCCAUUAAUUAGUUUAAUAAGUAUAACAUGGUAUUUAGAAAUAAUUUGAGCAAUACUUGUGAAGAUUGUUGUGUAUUUUAAGAAUUAAAAAGUUUGCCAACUCUAAACUUUUUAAUGUGCUUUCGAUGUAGAAAUAAAUAUUGUACAGCAAUUUGUUUGUAAAUAGAGUGUAUGCUUCUAGAUAAUAUAUUAUUAUUUUUAUGUCAAAAGAGCUCUUGAUAGGAUUUUAGAUUAUAGACUCCUUCAAACUGAUUUUGAAAAAUGAAUUUAUGAAUUAAUUUAUUCUAUAUCUGAAAACGUUUAUUAAUGUGUUAUUUUACUCACAUUUUUUAUUGUUAAUAAAUCAGUUCUAACAAGUCAA